UGCUCGCGCCGUGUGGGCCCGUGACCCGGAAGCACUAUCUGCCAACAUGGCGGCGCCCAGCACCGGGACUGAGCCGGCCUGGGACCGCGGCCGGCCGCGUGAGUAGGUGGUGGUCUAGUUGUCAAAGGCAUGAGCUGGCUACAGGCCAGCCCGCUGGCCCGAGGUCUCUCCCGGGGUUGGGGAGGCAUCUUUGGAGCUGCCCUCACAGGAGCCCCCUUCAUUCAGGUGCCCCCCCAGAUUGCACAGGGCUUCCACUGCAGCGCAGUGACCCGCAACGAUGAGAUGUGGCUGGUUCCUCGUUCACCUGAGCCCCAGAGGAAGCACAUCAAGGCUCUAGAGCCCCAUGAGGAACUAUUUAGGCCAUCACCAGACAGGGAGAAGGACAAGGCAAGUUUUAUACAAGCCGUGAAGAACUUUGGGCGUUACAAUGUGCGCAAGCGGGGCCAUGUGGAGUUCAUCUACCUGGCCUUACGCAAAAUGCAGGAGUUUGGUGUGGAGCGCGACCUGGCCACCUAUAACCUGCUGCUGGAUGUCUUCCCAAAGGAGGUCUUCCGGCCUCGCAAUGUCUUCCAGCGCAUCUUCAUCCACUACCCCCGGCAGCAGGAGUGUGGGAUUGCUGUCCUGGAACAGAUGGAGAAAUAUGGAGUCAUGCCCAACACAGAGACAGAGUUCCUGCUCAUUCAGACAUUUGGACGCAAAAGCUACCCCAUGCUCAAGUUCCUGCGCAUGAAGUUAUGGCUUACCCGCUUCAAGAACGUCAACCCCUUCCCUGUGCCCCGCAACCUGCCCCAAGACCCUGUGGACCUGGCCAGGCUGGGCUUGCGACACAUGGAGCCUGACCUCAGUGCCAGGGUCACUGUCUACCAGAUGCCUUUGCCCAGUGACUCAGCAAGUACUGAGGCUCCCACCCUGCCCCACAUUGUAGGAAUCCAGAGUCCUGAUCAGCAGGCUGCCCUGGCCCGCCACAACCCAGCCAGGCCCAUCUUCGUGGAAGGCCCCUUCUCCCUAUGGCUGCGCAACAAAUGUGUCUAUUACCAUAUUCUCAGAGCUGAUCUGCCACCCCCUGAGGAAAGGCAAGUGGAGGAGAUCCCAGAAGAAUGGAACCUCUACUACCCAAUGAAGUUGGAUCUAGAUUAUGGAAGGGGCAGCUGGGAUGACUAUGAGUUUGACAUCGACGAAGUGAAUGAAGGCCCUGUAUUUGCCAUGUGCAUGGCCAGUGCCCAUGACCAGACGACACUAGCCAAGUGGAUCCAGGGCUUGCAGGAAACCAACCCAGCCCUGGCCCAGAUCCCUGUGAUCUUCCGCCUAGCAAAGUCCACGGGGGAGCUUCUGACCACUUCAAGACUGGAGGGGUCGCCCCCUCCUUCAGCACCUCCGGAGAGCCACGAGGAUGAAGAUGCACAUCAGCAGCGACAGCAACAGGGGCAGAGUUGAGUCCGAGCACGUAGAAGGUACACAUUGAGACUCAGAUUGGUGUGAAGACUGGAGUUGAUUAUUUGCGAAAAUAAACCUGUUCCUGCCUA